UGCAUUUUCGCCAAGUCUCUAACCUUAACCCUCGGUUACAAUCUAAUCAAAUCUUACAUCUUUCUCUACAUUCACAUUUCAGCCAUUCCAGAAUUCUAUCCAAAAAUUGACAAAUCACCACUCACAAUUCCUGAUUUCCAGCUUCAAAUGACCUUUGAAGAGCAGAUAUGCAGAGUAAGAGAAAAGAAAUUUGCAGGUUUCUUAAGUACUAAUUUUACUUUCAAAAUUGAAGAUUUAAAUUUUGUAAAUUACCCAGCAAAUUUUCUAAUUUUCUUCGAAAUUUGAGAAAUUAGAAGUCUGUAUUUAAGUUAGCAACUUAGUUUUAAGUUGCAACAAUUUCAAGUAGCAAGAAUUCAGAAUUUAACUGUUGAUUUUUCUUAAAUAUUCUUCAUUGCCAAGCUCAAUAAAAUUCAGAUGAUAUAGGUUCAGUUGAAAAUAACUGAACCUCCAUGAAAACAAACCUCAAAUGAAAAUGCCACCACAACCUCCACCACCUGCUAAACCCAACAAAUUUUACUUCUUUUAUGGUAAAAGAAAGCCAUCUCAGAACAGACCCACUGUUUCUGGUGGUCUCUUCUCCAAUCGCCAAACCCUAAACCCUAAACCCUUCCAGUUGUUAAACCCUAACAACCCCAAAUUUCCCCCAUUUAAGGAUCAUUCUCUAAAACCCACAAAUUUUAGCCUCCAAAAUUGGGACCCAGAUUGCCCAAAUCCCCCAAAACCCCUCCCUCCUCCUAAAACACCAUCGUCGUCGUCUGAGAAUUUCUUCCGAAUUGGCCAGAGACUCUCCCCUAUUGCCCGGUAUAUUUGUGAUUCGUUCCGAAAGAAUCAGAGGUGGGGUCCACAGGUGAUUGCAGACCUCUCGAAGCUUCGUCGGGUUAAUCCGGAUUUGGUUGCUGAGGUCCUUAAGGUGCAGGAUGAUCCUGUGAUUAGCUCCAAGUUCUUCCAUUGGGCUGGUAAACAAAAGGGUUAUCAGCACAAUUUUGUUUCUUAUAAUGCAUUUGCUUAUUGUUUGAAUAGGUUGAAUAAGUUUAGGGCUGCUGAUCAAGUACCUGAGCUAAUGCAUAUGCAGGGAAGACCGCCUAGUGAGAAACAGUUUGAGAUUUUGAUUAGAAUGCAUGCUGAUAAUAAUAGAGGCCUUAGGGUGUAUUAUGUGUAUGAGAAAAUGAAGAAGUUUGGGGUCAAACCUCGAGUUUUUCUGUAUAAUAGGAUUAUGGAUGCUUUAGUUAAGACGUGUCAUUUAGACUUGGCAAUGUCGGUUUAUGAUGAUUUUAAAAAGGAUGGUUUAGUGGAGGAGACUAUAACUUAUAUGAUAUUGAUCAAGGGUUUGUGCAAGGGAGGGAGAACUGAUAAGAUGUUUGAGCUUUUGGGACGAAUGAAGAGUUUGUCUAAACCAGAUAUUUUUGCAUACACGGCUAUGAUACGGAUAUUAGUGGCAGAAGGGAAUAUUGAAGGAUGCUUGAAGGUUUGGGAUGAAAUGGAGAGGGAUAAGGUUGUGCCUGAUGCUAUGGCUUAUACGACCUUGAUUUCAGCACUGUGUAAAGGGAAUCGGGUAAAUAAAGCUUAUGAAUUAUUUAAGGGCUUGAAGAAUAAGGGAGAAUUGAUUGAUAGGGCUAUAUAUGGUGCACUGGUGGAAGGUUUUGUUGCUGAUGGCAAGGUUGGCUCAGCCCUUGACCUUUUAAAGGAUAUGAUGGAUUCUGGAUAUAGGGCGGAUUUGUCGAUCUUUAAUUCCUUGAUACAUGGUUUAUGUAAUUUGAAGCAGCUUGACAAGGCUUAUAAGCUUUUCCAAGUAACAGUUAACCAGGGCCUCCAACCAGAUUUCACAACUGUGAAUCCUAUGUUGGUGUCUUAUGCAGAAUCAAGAGAAAUGGAUGAUUUCUGCAAUUUGCUUGUGCAGAUGCAGAAAUUAGGAUCAUCUGUUAUCGAUGGUCUUUCUAAAUUCUUUUCUUUGAUGGUUGAAAGGGAAGAGAGAUUGCCUUGCACUUUGGAGGUAUUUGGAGAUUUGAAAGGCAAAGGCUACUGUAGUGUUUCAAUAUACAAUAUUCUUCUGGAAGCUCUAUACAAGAGUAAGCAGGCAAAAGAAGCAUUGUCCCUCUUCACGGAAAUGGAAGCUUCAAACUUUGCACCAGAUUCAACCACUUAUAGUCAUGCAAUUAUGUUUCUUGUUGAUUUAGAGGACGUCAGAGAGGCAUGUCUAUGGUAUAAUAAAAUCAAGGAGAUGGGUUCUAUUCCUUCCAUUGCCGCUUAUUGCUCUUUAGUAAACGGGCUUUGCAAAAUUGGAGAGAUUGAUGCUGCAAUUUCACUGGUACAGGACUGCUUGGCUAACGUUACAAGCGGGCCUAUGGAGUUCAAAUACACUCUUAAUAUUCUUCACGCUUGCAAAUCUUACGACGCUGACAAGGUCAUUGAAGUGGUUAACGAGAUGUCCGAACAAGGAUGUGUACCUAAUGAAAUUAUAUACUGUGCUGUCAUCUCUGGAAUGUGCAAGCAUGGGACACUGGAGGAGGCUAGGAAGGUUUUCUCUAGUAUGAAAGAACAAGGAUAUUUAUCUGAGGCCAAUAUUAUUAUGUAUGAUGACAUGCUUAUUGAACACAUGAAGAAGAAAACAGCAGACUUAGUGCUGUCAGGUUUAAAGUUCUUUGGUCUAGAAUCUAAACUGAAAUCAAAAGGUUCUACAUUGUUGCCAAAUUAAAGAGCAAAUAGUGGUGACAUUUUCGAUUAUGUAAUUUAGCAAUUUUAGUUAUUUCUUUCUCACAGUAUAAUACUAUAAUGUAGUACCCAAUAGCAUUUACUUUAUUAUUUCCAUUGUUCCGCACUGUACUUGUAGUUAGCUGGAAGAUGUUGCAUAUAAUUGCAUUUUGCUUAUAUAGUAAAUAGAAAAUGAUAUUAUAGGGA